AUGUCGUUUGGCACAACAUCGGUUCCGGUACGAUCCCAGCGACGCUGGCACUGGAACUUCUGGCACCUCGUCGGCUUCACGCGGAGCGGCUUCGUCAACAAGUACGGCGACGACAACCGAGACGAAGAGCCCGAGCAGCGGAUGACGCUGCCGCGGCCAACGACGACGAGCAGACCGGCAAAGAGACGAGCUCUUCGCCAGAUGGCUCCCCGCAAGACCAACCUUCCGACCAACCCGCGAAAGAGGGUGUCAAGGGCUUCGUUCGCGCAAAUGACAAGUUCGAGUGCCACGAGGAGCGCUGCGGCGGAACCUGCUACUCGUGAUCUUGUCCCCCGAAGCAGGGUCCUUGGAAUUGAGGGUCCAGUUGCACAGAUCUCACGAGCGCAGCUGGGGGUGUCAUGUGUUCGUCCCGGUACUGGCCUUUUUCCCGGUGCUGGUCCUCGUGCCGGUGCUGGCCCUGGUCUCGGUUUGGCCAUAGCCAGCCAGCCCAAGGUUUCCAGAGUGGGUUCCAGAGUGGUUCCCAAGGUAUUCCCAGAGACUAUGGUCGUCUCGGACCCUGAACGGGACUGCAAGGUCGUCAAGGCUGACGUCCCAAAGAUGAAGGAGCACUUGAUGGACGGUCUCUUCCCCAAGGAUGGCGAUAAGACGAUCGAGAAGCUCACCAGCCCUACCGAGUAG